UUUGUUAAGUGUCUAUUAUAAUGUAUUAGUGGUUGCUGAAAGAGGGAUAGUUGAGGAGUUCUGGCAACCCAGCAGAAGGUUUCAGCUGCAUCACGCAGGUCUGGUCAUACAUACUCCGGCGUGUUGAUUCUACGUUUGUUUCAGGGAUCGUGACCAGUCAUGGCCGAUGAGGGAUAUGUAGUACGCAUCAGGGGUCUCCCUUGGUCCUGUUCAGUGGAUGAAGUUCAGAGAUUUUUCUCAGAUUGCAAAAUCAUCAACAAUGGAGGUGGCAUCCACUUCACCUACACAAGAGAGGGGCGUCCCAGCGGAGAGGCGUUUGUGGAGUUGGAGACAGAGGAAGACCUGAAGAUUGCGGUGAAGAAGGACAGGGAAACUAUGGGACACAGAUAUGUAGAGGUUUUUAAAUCCAACAAUGUCGAGAUGGACUGGGUCAUGAAGCACACCGGUCCAAACUGUCCAGAAACAGCAGGAGAUGGGCUCGUCCGGCUCCGAGGCCUUCCUUUCGGCUGCAGCAAGGAGGAGAUAGUACAGUUUUUCUCAGGGUUGGAAAUCGUGCCAAAUGGGAUAACAUUGCCGGUGGACAUCCAGGGGAGGAGUACGGGGGAGGCCUUCGUGCAGUUUGCUUCACAGGAUAUAGCUGAAAAGGCUCUAAAGAAACACAAGGAAAGAAUAGGGCACAGGUACAUUGAGAUCUUCAAGAGUAGCCGCGCUGAGGUGCGGACCCAUUACGAACCCCAGAGGAAGCCCAUGGGCAUGCAGAGACCUGGCCCCUAUGACCGACCCUCGGGUGGUCGCGGCUACAACAUGAUGGGCCGAGGGGGAUCCUAUGACAGAAUGCGUCGCGGAGGCUAUGGAGGAGGUGUAUCGGAUGGACGGUAUGGCGAUGGCGGCUCUUCCUUCCAGAGUACAACAGGCCAUUGUGUCCACAUGAGGGGCCUGCCGUACAGAGCCACAGAGACAGACAUCUACAAUUUCUUCUCACCGUUGAAUCCAGUGCGGGUCCAUAUUGAGAUCGGUCCAGACGGCAGGGUAACUGGGGAGGCGGAUGUAGAGUUUGCAACACACGAGGAUGCUGUGGCAGCCAUGUCCAAAGACAAAGCUAACAUGCAACACCGCUAUGUGGAACUGUUCUUGAACUCAACAGCAGGUGGCAGUAACGGAGCAUACGGCAGCCAGAUGAUGGGUGGCAUGGGGAACCAGUCGUCUUACAGCGGUGGGCAGCUGAGCUCAGGGUAUUCUGGAGGAUACAGCAGCCAGGGCAAUAUGGGCGGCUACAGUGACUACAGUAACCAGGGCGGAAUGGGAAGCAGUUACUACGGCGGCGGAGGAGGAGGAGGAAGCAGAGGCUCUAUGAAUGGACUGGGCGGGGGAUGGGGAAUGUAGAUUUUUUUUUUCCCCCCUUAAUUCAAUGUGUUUUUUUAACUCAGCAUUUUGCUGGAAGGACUGGAAAUGCAAGUCUCACCUAGUAAACAUAGGGUAGGGUCAGGUGAGGUUGUUUUGAAAAUACUGAGGGGUAGGGUUUGUAUUUUUUUUUUUAAGUGGAUGCUCUUCAGAGAAAGUGAGAUCACCGGUGUCAGAGAAGCGCUGUUUGUCUUCCCCAUUCCUCACAGGUUUGACACAUCACAGAAACCAUGCUUUAAAUUUUCAUUUCCAGGAAGUGUGCUGUUUUUUCUUUUUAUGUUUGUGUUACCGUUCUCCACAAACCUGGCUGUUCCCCAAAGUUAACUAAUCCUGUGCUGGUGGCGUUAACAUUACUUUCAAUGUCUGAGUGCAUGAACAAAGAAGAAAAUUCAGAAUAUGUUUGGUAUCUUCUGAUGUUUAGACCUUGUUUCACCUUCUACAUAGUGUAAAGCCUUUUUAUUUCCACUUAAAAUGUUGAUCUGAAUUUGAGACUUUACAUGGUCAGAGCAUGUUUUUUGUUUUCCUCAGUGUGACUGACAGUUCUGCGUUUUUUGUUUUCUGGAUGAGGGCUAUGUCAAGGGCAAGUGAAUUUCAAAUCUGCUGACAUGAAGGUUUCUACUGCUUCAAAUGCUAUUUGUAUUUCCUGUGCACAAAGUGAAUAAAAACUAGUCUGGAAUAUCUAAA